AACGAAGUGCCAUCCUCUGACCAUCUUAUGAACUUGUCGGUCGCUGGAUCAUCCACCAUACUGUGUCCACAUACAAAGCCGUUAGCGCUGACAUCAACGCCUUCUUCGAAUCAAUGGAUGAGCGCGGAAGAUGAAAAGGCGCGAUUGCGCUAUUUGGAGGCCAAGCGAGCGGUAGAUAAACACACAGCGUUACAAGACGAACAAUUCGCUUCGACCUCAUCAGGAGGUGACUACGGAGGAGCGAGUUAUGGUUCUUCAAGCUCUUACUUCGCAGGAAAUCAAUCGUCGAGCCAAAGCUAUGCCUCUCCGCCGGUCACUGGAACCUCGACCUCAGACUAUGCUCCUUCCAGCGUGCCCCCCAGAAGCGAUGCCCUUUCUCCAAGUGCUUUCAGUUCAUCUCACGUUGGCCAAUCAUCAAUUAGCAUGGCAACCACACCUACCCCUCCUCCCCCAUCCGACCUACCAGCGUUCGAGCCAUCGUUCGGCUAUACCCAUGCUACUGAUCUGCCAGAGAAAGAGAAGAUGAGAUUGGCAUACGAAGCUCGCGACGUUUCUGUGUCCCCCCAAGCUCCUCCUGACUAUGCCGUGCCCCCUCCUGGGCCCUAUCCAGGUGAACCUCCUCAAUUUGGAACUCAAACCACCGGUGCGGCGCCGCCUCAGCCUCUCAGUGCUGCAGAGGAAAAAGCUAGGCUCCGAGCUCAGUAUGCGUUAGAACAGGUUUCCGCAUCGCAAAAUGCUGGAGCGUCAUCCUCCGCCUACAACCCACCACCCUCCUUUGAACCCGCGCUGUCAGCUGAUGGCACUCGAACAUUAACUGCUGCGGAGGAAAAGGCUCGACUCCAAGCUUUGCAGGCUGCAGAUAAGCCAGUGAGCGCCACACCCCCUCUUCCUCCACCGCGCAUCAAAUCACCUCCGCUCUCUGGCCCACCGUCGGCCGUUUCUGAGGUUAAUAGGGGUCCUCCCUUAUCUUAUACGCCGUCAAUAUCAGCAUCAAUGACCAGUGAUGACUAUCUCCAGAGAGACCCCUCUAUCACUCAAGGAAAACAGCGGGCUGUUACUCCCAGCACUGAGACUAUGCCAGGGGGAUCCCCACCUCCAUUAGCACCGCGACCGCCAAAAGAAUACAUCCAACAAACCAAAGAUCAGGAUGCAAGAGUUCGGCGCAUGACCCAAGAAGCCAUGAACAUUGGGUUCUCAAUGCCUGAUGGAGGUAAUAACAGGGAUUCGGUACCAUGGCAAAUGUCUG